AUGGCAGACGACGAUAGCACCACGUCCGACGAGAGCUUGGACGCGAAGAGUGAAAAAUUCGAUCCGAUGAAAGCUUUGUAUUCGACGAAGGUGCCGCUCUCGAAAAAGAAGGCCCCGUUAUACGAUAAUAUCUCAAAGUUCGAAGCCGUAAUUUCGGGUUUAUCCGGACAAUCCAAAAAGAAAAGUACGACGAGCAACGUAGAACAAGGGGAAUCCUCGAGGCGUCGAUUUUUGCCUCAUCAAGAACCCGUAACCGGCACAAGAUAUGGUCGAGCAUGUAUCCUAGAUGGAAGAAACGUCCUCGCAAAAAUGCAGAACUACCUGGGCCCGUUGGGACUGCUCUACGAAUACAUGGAGAACAGGACGCGAGUUAAGGUCUACACCAGGAACGCGGUUGGCAUAAGGGGACACGUGGAGGCAUACGUGGCUGCCUUUGACAAGCACUGGAACCUCGCGCUCGAGGACUGCUUCGAGGUUUGGACCCGUAAAGUCAAGAGGAAAGCGCCUGCCCUCGGUGCGCCGAGCGCGACAACGAAGGACGAGUCCUGGGCCGGCAAAGUGGUCGUGACGAAGAUCGAGGGAAAACGGGAGACCUUGGAGAGACACGUGCCGCAAAUGCUGCUGAGGGGAGAACAGGUCGCUAUAAUCGUCAAAAUCAAUUGAGUCCGUGAAUAUGGUACGUCGUAGGCGGCUGAAGAGUGAACGCAACACGGUCGCACAUCAAUUCCUCGGUUGCAUCGUGUUGUGCAAAGUGGUGCAACGUUCGACGAAACGAACCGUCUGUAUUUUUUUUUAUAUUUUCC